GGACAUAGUGGACAUUAGACAGAGGGAAAGCAACAACAGAGACAGAGAGAGAGACAGGCCUUUAUAGCCAGCUCUCUCACUUAACUUUUCACACUUGUAUUCGUAAGAAUAGAUUUUAAGCAUGUCUCAAGGCAGCUUUGUCUUCACAUCUACGGCCUUGCGCUCUCUCGAACUUGAUGAGGACAUGCUGGCGAGACACAAGCACAAGAAGCAGCUGGCUACCCAUCACUUCAAUAGCUAUAUGCUGCAGAAGGAAAUCAGGGAGAGGACACUGCUGAGGACCACCAUGCCACCAGCAAUCUGCCACGACCUGGUCAUCCAGAACGCUCUUUACACGGGAGACCUGCAGGCUGUGCAGCAACUCUUUCCUAGAGGAUCCUCAACAAACCUCAUCAUUGAGCCACAGGGAGGGGACAUGCGCUGGGUCUCCGCAGGGGAAGGACUAUGGUCACUGACUUAUGAGCAGGAGCUGACCACACCGCUUCACAUCACAGCUGGCAGAGGCUUCUCAGAGUGCCUGAGACUGCUGCUGCAGCGGGGGGCCAAUGUGGACCUGGCCCCAGGGGGCACCACCGCCCUGCACGAGUCCUGUGAGAACUGCCAGCCUGAGUGCACCAAACUGCUGCUGAUCCAUGGAGCCAACGCCAACGCUGUCACUGAAGACGGCCUCAUGCCUUUGCACUUCUGCACAAGUCCUGAAUCCUUUGAAUGUGCCAAGUACCUCCUUCAGUACGGAGCAGCUAUUAAUGGCCGCACCGUGGAUGAAGACGACACUCCCUUGCACGUGGCAGCCAGUAACAGCCUCACAGACCACACUGAGCUCUACCUGCGCUAUGGAGCUGCUGUGGACAAACAGAACAGUGAGGGUCUCACGCCUCUGAACGCUGCUUGUUCACAACCCCAGGAGCUGCAGGAGCUUGAAAGUUACCUCAAGGUUUGCCAGAUGCUGCUGGGGGCCGGGGCCAACGUGCAGACCAAGGACCAGGACAAACACAGUCCUCUGCACAUGGCCUGUAAGAAUGUAAACCCAGACAUAGUGGACCUGCUGCUGGCUCAUGGUGCCCGCGUUAAUGACAUGGACUACGGGGGGGAAGCUCCCAUGCACAACAUCCUGAAGGUGGUGUGCUACAAGGUGUCCCAUCACCCCGAGAGGAUCGUCCGGGCUCUGCUCAACCACGGCUCCAUCCGGGUGUGGCCUGGAGCUCUGCCAAUGGUUUUGAAGCACUGCUGUGGAUCUCCACGCACCAUCGAGGUUCUUCUGAAUGCCUACAGUAGCCUCAAAGUCAACGACACCUGGGUCGAGGCUGUGUCACCGGAGGUGUUAAAGGAGCACAAAGAGUUUUAUGAGUCCGUCUUCUCUUUGGAGCGGAGUCCUCGCUCCCUGCAGCACUUGGCCCGCUGCAAGAUCAGGAGCUUCCUGGAGCUCCGGGUGCACAAAGUGGUCCCUGAACUGGACCUGCCCACCUUCAUCAAGAACUACCUGCUGCUGGAGUACAGAGACCAUGUCCACUGAGAACACUGUGUGUGUGUGUCUGUGUGUAGCCAGGGGCGGUUCUAGGGGGCAGUGCCCCCCAACACUGACUUUGGACCCCCCCUGUGGCCCCCCUGAUAAUGAAAAGAAAAAAAGAAAAAGUUUAUGAUUAAACGAUUUCUUGCCUGACGGAAUAGGCGGAAUUAACAUUAGAGCGUAAAAACUGUAACUAUAAGUAUCUGAAAUAAAUAUGUGUAAUGAAACAAGUGCCAAUAACUGUAUUGCAUUGUUUUCUUAUGCGCAAUUACUUCAUACUGUUUUUGUCUUUUUCGUCCCGCAUUUAUUGUGCCCCCCUCAGAAAAUAACUGGCCCCAGCCUGGCCCUCCCAAUCAAAUUGGUCUAGAACCGCCACUGUAGUGUAGCCUCUGUUAGACAGAGUCCUGGUGAGGAUUGAGUGCUGUUGAAUGUGAGGAAGAAGCAGCUGUUAAAGAGUUAAAAGUGUAGCACUGGCAGUACACUCAAAUAAUAAAUACAUUUUAUGAUACACAUUUCUUGUAGAAGCAGCUGCUUUUCCUGUCACUUUUAUUUCAGUUACACGUUUGGCCGCAAGAGGGAGCUAUAGGCUAGAGUUGUUAUAAUACAAUGCAGGUAUGCAAUGUGUUUUUUAUUUUUUUAUUUUACGUUUUUUGUACUUGUGCACAUAGUUAAUAGGUUCAGAUGGUUGUAUUUGUAUACCUGAUGAUUAUUUGAUGUUAAUGCACAUAAUGAUGAUGAUGUUGUGUUGAUUAUUGCCUUAAAAAUAUUUGCAUAUACAUAAGUAUUCCCACCGUUGUUGUUGUCAUUAGGUAUUUUAUAUCACAUAUAGAUUUUGUGUAAAAAUAAAAUACUCCACCAUGACCGUG